AUGGCACCCUCCGAAGAGUCCAUCCUGAGUAACUUUCUGCUUACUCCAGCUCCGCUGCCAACAGUACUGUCCCUGCAGAAAUUCACAGAGCUGUUUCCUAAGCGUCUGAGAAAUCACCCGCAUAUCCGGGCUUUGUACCGAGAGUUGCAGCAGAUUCGGGAGCAUGACAUGGAUCAGGUAAAUGAAAAUAUCGACACUGAGAUCCGCCAAGGCGACCGCCAAAAAGCAGAGCUCCACAAGGCCAGUCUCACAACGGGUGUGGAAGCAACCAAUGAAGAUGAGCAACGGGAAGUGAACAUGGAUCUUCAUUUGUUUGGGCAAACUGCCCCCAAUCCCCAAGAUUACCAUUCAGUGGAGAGCCUUCUCGCUGAAAUGGAGAAUGCCUGCACCCAUAUUGAGCGAGAGAUCGUUGAUAUUGAUGGCGAAGCUGCUGGCUUGGUAGCUGAACUCAAAACGACGGUGGGAGAUAUGAGUGAUCUUCGUUAUGGGAAAUUUGCCGGUCCUGGAUCUGCCCGUGACGUGGCGGAGCAAAGCAUCAAAGGCCUGCAGAAUCUGGAGGAUACUUGUUAUCAGAAGAGCAUGCCGGGAGCUUGA